AUGCUGCGACCGGCGACGCCCUUGACAGUUCUGCUUGGCCUUGCCUUUGCUUUGCUGCUCCUCUCGGUGCUGUCAGCUCCCAUCAUCUCGGUCAUCCCUCUCGGUAGCUUUGAGAAUGUUCAAUUUGGCGUCUUCGGUUUCUGCGGGCCCACGGGCUGCAGCAGCGUUGGCAUCGGUUAUGACAUUGGCAGCGUGAUUCCUACCCGGAAGAACCAGGCCUUUGACCUGCCAAAUAGUGUUCGCCAUACGCUCUCCUCCAUCUUGGUGCUUCACCCCGUUUCUGCAUUCCUCACUUUGGUCCUGCUUUUCAUGGCCAUUGCUGCUCACUUCCGCGCUGCCUCUCACUCGUCGAGGUAUCUGCUCUUCUUCUUUAUUUUCAAUUUCAUCACCCUUCUCGUCUGCAUCGCCGCUUUCGUCAUCGAUGUCUUACUUUUCAUUCCUCACAUGGCGUGGGGCACGUACAUUGUCCUCGCUGGUACCGUCCUGGUUUUCCUGAGUGCUCUGGUCUCUUGCGCCAUGCGACGCACUCUGGUAAGCAGAAAAGACCGAAAGAGGAGGAUUGCUGAGAAUGCAGAGAUGAGUGGUGAAAACUACUAUAACCGGGAGGCUCAAGCGCCGAAAUCCAGCUUCACCAUGACAACCCAGCCCACGAUGCCAGUCGUUAGUGGUGGAAGCGGCACCCAAGACACCUUGCCUGCAUUCGCCACAUAUGAGGCUCCGAGAGACGACCAACAGAGCGAAGAGCGCAUCCCCCUGACACAGCGAACCACGUCUGAACGUUCAUCCAACGGGAGACAGCCCGCGGUUGCCGAUCUGGCCGCCGUCUCGGGCAGUGAAAUUAGUAGCGCUUAUGGCGGGCCGCAGAGGUCAGCAACACAGGAUUCGUACGGCAGUUAUGGCAACGUGCCUCCCAACACCUACGGAGCGGCUGGCCAGCCGUAUGAUGGCCGCCGGGUCCCCGUUAGACGAGAAACGGACCCCGUGAACGGCUACGGCGGUCGUGGGGGCUACGGAGCUCCUAUGAGAGGGCGAGGAGGCUAUGGCCCUCCUGGCCGGGGUGGAUACGGCCCGCGUGGUGGACGAGGAGGAUAUGGACCGUCAUCCCGUGCCGGAUAUGGUGGUGGCCCAUACUAUAACGGAGGCGGAGGACGCAGCCCGCCGCCGAUGAAUUAUUCUUCCGAUGACAUGGGUGGCCAGUACAACAGACGGCAGCCGCCACCUCGGCAAACGUUUGCAGAUGGCCGAGGAGGACCUUAUGCCGGAGCGCAACAACCGCCACAGUCAGACGCUGCCGUAAACUAUGGGGCACCGAGUCGUAAUGUUAGCAACAGCGGAAGCAACAACAGCAGCAACAGAUUUGUGCCCUACCGCCCAGAUCCCGAUCUGCCUAGGGCAGAAUCCCCUCCACCGCUACCAGAAGCCACCGAGUCCGCAGUUUCAUCCGUUGGGCAGGCCAUCGAGAUGGACGCAACACCGGCUGCUGGAGCAAGCAACAGCGAUGGACAGUAUGGCAACCUCAGGGAUAGCGACACGGAUGUUGCUGGAAUGGUCAAUCUCCAGCAGGGCCACCAGCCUUCAUCCGCGCGGAGAGAGACGUUUGCCAGUGACGGGAGCAAGUAUUCAGAAGACGAGCAAUAUGUCCCAUCUCGGGCCCAGUGGAACCAGGAGGCGGGAAGAAACUCGCCUCUCGUAGCACCCCUGGCAAACACGCAGCGUGGCCCUACGCCAGAUCACUCUAGGAGCCCUGCACCAGCAGCCGGUGUGAAGGAAAAGGGCGGCUAUUAUGAAGAUGUCGAUCCUCGUUUUGACCAGACAGCCCAUACACCUCCGCGACGUCAGACGACUCCGCCGCCGCCGCUACAUCUCCAGCAGGCCAGCUACGAAGAUAUGGGAGGUGGUCCCGAUGGGACUCGCAGCCCUGCCGAGUCGGAACACUCCAACUUUACGUCCAUCUCGCAGCGUGGUAUCAACCCGCAAUGGAGCCCACAGCCGCCAAUGCCGCAACGCCGACCGGUACAGGAGCGCCAUGACAUGAUUCUGGACAAUCCUGAUUUUAAACUCCCGGGGGGUCGAUCGACGGCCGCGGGGAAGCGAAGAGUACCGGGCAUGAUCCCUGAGAGCGCGUAUCCGAACCGCCCAAUGUAA